GACGUGCACAGACGGGAGGCAGCGUCAGGAGCUUCAGGGAAGACUCGACAGACCCAACAAAGAAGGCCAGAAAUCUGAACCCAACCGGUCCGACAUGAGCCUCCAGAUUUGCCACUGCGGCUGGUCCAAAGUGACCACCUACCAAGGCCUGAGGACUCACCAGGGGAAGAAGGGAUGCACACCGAAGGGAAUGCACAUCCCACAGCACAAACUGUUUAGUUACUUUCCACAGACCUUGACCCCACCAAGUCUAAUCAAAAUAGAGGACAUAUCUUCGGAUAUCUACAGGACUCCUGCGAAGUCUGUAACCACUUACCAUGACCUGAGAACUGAACAGGGGAUGAUGGGAUAUGCGCCACAAGAAAUAAGAGUCCCAGAGAGAAACCAGAACCUCUGGAGCAACAAAUGGGAACAAUCUCAUCCAAAGGACAACUGGGCAGUACAGAGCACUCCAGUGAAGGAGGAGAGCGUGUUCAUGUCUCCAAACCUCAUCACUCAAAUGAAUUCUGUACUCACACAAGUCCCAGCACAGGACAUGUACACUCCAAUGCUCCAUGCUGAAGGAGAUUCUCAACAACUGGUUGCGAAAUUGAGGACCUCUAAAACAUUUGAGUUCAAAUUUGGUUUCCAGAGAGAUAUGCCAGCGAUAUCCCAGUCAGACUUCUUUACCACUCAGAUGAGCUCAGCGCCAACGCAAAUCUCGCUAACCCAGUCCGACACAUCAUUUUUUCAGACUCCACCACGCUCCCAGCAAGGUUCUGCUUUCUCAGACAAGGCCAGCCGAAUGCUUGACUUCUCCUUUGUUGACCCCAAGGCCUCCAAAAACGCACAGUUUAUGAUAAAUACUGACAACGAUGCCCUAAGUGAUAAAAGAGAGAAGGAAAGAGAGGCUGAAAGACGUCUGCAGGCAACACACGACAUGAUGAAGGUCCAGUUACAGCAGAAGAUUUACAUCCGAGAGCAAAAGAUGGCUGAAGUGAGAUCAGCUGCAAAAAGCUGCAAGGGCAGUCUGGAUGCCGAGUGGUUGCAGAUCAACACGGUGUUCUCAGAGGUGAUCAGAGCAGUGGAGGACGCUCAGCAGAAAGCCCUGGAGCCUCUGGAGAAGAGGAGACAAGAAGUUAAAAAAGAGGCACAAAAUCUUCUGCAGACGCUGCAAGGAGAGAUUGAUAGACUUAAAAUCUCCAUCGAUGAACUGGACAGAAACCCAGACUUGCAGGCCUCUCCACCUCCAGCCCCGGCUGACUCCGAAGAGGUGAACAAUCUAAAUAUCGACACCUCCUUCUCGUUUGGCACCCUCAGAGCUACAAUAUCAACCAUGAUGAAAGAGAUCCAGCAGCAUUUGGAAAACCUCUCAUCCCUCGAGCUCAAGAGGAUUGCCACAUUUGCAGUGGAUGUAAAGCUGGAUUCUGCCACGGCCCAUCAGUGCCUCGUACUGUCCAAAGACGGGAAGAGAGUACAAGAUGGAGGUGAGAAGCUGAAGAGUCCCGACACUCCGGAGAGGUUCGACUUGUUCGGCAGCGUACUCGGGGUCAACAGCUUGAACCGUGGGAGGUCAUACUGGGAAGUAGAGGUGAAAAACAAAACAGGCUGGGAUCUGGGUGUGGCACGGCGCGGUGCAAACCGCAAGGGGAUCCUUAAGGUGAACCCGGACAACGGUUACUGGGUGGCUGUGCAUUUUGAAGGCAGAAAGUACGCAGCUCUGACGGUACCCCCCACAAGCCUUCCUCUGAAGGAGAAUCCCCAGAAGGUUGGAGUGUUUGUCGAUUACGAGGAAGGUGUCGUGUCGUUUUAUGACGUGACAAAGGGGUCGCACAUUUUUUCCUUUACAGAGUGUUUGUUCCGUGAUGACAUUUUUCCAUAUUUCAGCCCACAUCUUAAGAUGAAUGACAAAAACGCCGAUCCGUUGAUUAUAUCAGCAGUGUAAAAGCAGUGCUCAUUGUGUAAAGUGCACAAUACAGAUGUGCUGAGUUCAAAAUGUAAUAAUAGGCACCUCUGGCAAAUACGUGUAAAAAGCUUUAAAAGUAUAAUAUAUUGCAGUAGGAUAUUCUUACCAUAUAAAAUGUAGAAAAAUGCAACCUUCAACUUGAGUGUAUUAAUUCAGUGGCGGUAAAAUAACAUGUAAUGGAUUAGCUGUCAUUUAUAAAAUCACUGGUGUCCUACCUGCUGGCAAAUGAAUACAACCAAAGCAUGUUUUAAUGUACACUUUGCAAUUUAAGUUGAUCCAAGUGUGUGGGGAUUUUUAAAUAGGUAUCCAUGUCAUCACGUUUCAAUGGAGUGUAAAAAUGAUGCUCCACAGGCCCCGUUGUCUCAGCCACUCUUCAAAGUGAGAAAGAUGAGCGUACAGGCCAUUCAUGUAGAUAUUUGUGCCUUGAUUUUUAUGAGUUAGUAAAUUGCAACAAGUAAGUAACUACUCACCUAACCCAUAUCUACAGUAAGUCCUAAAUUGACCAAUUUCAAAACCACAACAUUGGUAGAUAAGGUUCAUUGAGGACUAGGUAAGGGUCGAUUGUAACUAGGCAACAUUUCCCCCCACAUCAUUCCAAUGGUUUAAAUGUACAGGGACCUUCUCUAGUUGCUUGAAGCAUAGUAAGGCACAUUUGCCCCUCACCUGCAUGCUGCUGAGCUUCACCACUACUCAGGCUGGCCAGCUAAGGCUAUGAAACGAUUCCCUCCCUCACAACAUACAAGAACAACAUGUUUUCUAUAUGGAAAUACUGUAUUUUCCAGUAAUCCAAAACGGUUACAGUCAUAGUGUGAAAUGUGAAGUAGCACCUUUUAAAAAUGCCAUCAGCAGGCUGUCCUCAUGACCAUACAGCUUAUCUGAUAAGUCAUCUAAUAUCACCUUGUCUAUGUUCUAUGCCUUAGAUAAAUAGCAACAAAGCAAAACACGUUAGUUUUGGAUAGAUAAUGCCAAACUAUUAGAGGCACGGCUAACCACUGACUUUAAAGGGCAAGUUACGGUACCAACACUGGCAAUAUACUGUUCUUGAAAACACUUCAAUAGCAAUAACUGUUACUGAUGUAAACACUUUUUUGGGUUGAGUUUAGGCUGUGACAUAUAUUUUUUUAUAAUCAAAGCAAUAUAUUUUGCAGACAAAUAAAGCUGUGUGACUUAACGCUUUAACAUCCAACAUUCCUUAACUAGAGUAUUUGAAACAUUGUUAGCUUAUUUCCCAGAUUUAUGACUUAUUGUGAGAAAAUGUAUAUGUAUGUGGGAAAAUGUAUAUGUAUAGUAGGAAAUACUUUUUCUUCUAACUUUAUUUAGACAGGGUUUAGGAGUACGUAAUGUAGAAGUUCCAAAUAAAGUAACUGUUUUACUUUAAAAAACAACUUAAAAUACCUUGUUUUGGUAACCCAUGCAGCAUCAACUUCUUAGGCUACCAAAUUAACCAACUUAACUGUUUGCUUACCAUUACAGUUUUUUAAUCAUCAUUUGUCUAUAAAAUGUUGUUGUUUCUUUGGUUUCCUGUGGAUACAAAUAAAAAAAAAUGUCUGCCCUGUCAGCACACAAAAAUACAACCAGCAUCGACAGCUAAUGUGGGAGUGACAAUAAAGCUACAAUGUCAACA